AUGUCAAGUGAGGAAGAGAGUUUUCUUGCCUUAGUGCAUUGCUCUGGGAAAAUUAAAAAAAGCAAAACCUAUGGGGUGAAGUUCACUGACAGAGGACCACUGAGUGUUUUCAUCAGUUCGUCAAGCACUUUGUCAGAUUUGAAAAACAGCAUCUUGCAGAAGCUUGGCGUGUUUGGUAGCAAGUGGGUGAAGAAACUAUUCUACAAGAUUCCCAUCGCAGUUGUCUCGACCGGUGUUAAGUAUGAUACCUUUGUGCUAGCGACUGAUGAAGAUAUUAGGGUUUUGUUCCAUUGUGUAAGGAGUUUUCCGGAGAUCAGAAUCCACGAGUUGUUCGCGAAGUUGGAGGUCAGUGUCGAUAGUUCUGGGGCAUCCACUCCAGUUCCUAGCUCGACUGCCGCGGGAGGUGCGUCUAGUUCGAUGCCUGCGAUCAGACCGUAUCUUCCGCCAGUAGCAUCCCCUUCAUUCGCGGCUGAUUUAGACCGAACGGAGGUUGUUGGUUCUGUACUUUUGGAGAAUGCAGGAGUCUUUGAGCAGGCUUACGUUGUGGGCACCGGUGGUGGCCUGUUACCUUAUAUGGAAGGGGAUGGGGAAGGGGAUGGUGAACCUGAUCGAGUAGAGAAUGCAAUGUGUGACGAUGACUCUGACCAGGAGCCUGUUGAUAUCAUAGGGGACAGCGACGAUGACACAGGUGCCAAUCCACAUGUGCAGCAUCGGCCUUCAAGUUCUGCUUCUCAACAGUACCCUCUACACUUCUCCACACUAAACUUUGAGGCUCUGGGCCAACAGGAGGACGGUGGUAACACAGUCGGGGGCUCUUCUACAGAAUUUCAGAUUGGGCAAUCAUUCCAGAAUAAAGAUGAGGCUGUGUUGAGUGUGAAGGACUAUAGCAUCCGGCGAGGUGUUGAGUACAGAGUGAUCAAAUCAGAUCAUCUGAAGUAUCAUGGAAAAUGUAAGGAAUUCGGCAAGGGUUGUACUUGGUUGAUUCGCGUAGCGCUGCUUGCACGAAAGGGCACUUGGGAGGUUAGGAGGUACAACGGGCCACACACAUACUUGGCAACCUCUAUUUCCAGUGAUCAUCGUCAGCUGGAUUACCACGUUAUCUGUGCGAAGAUUCUUCCAUUGGUUAGGGCAGAUGCUGCGGUUACGGUAAAGGUAUUGCAACAAGCUACAGAAGCCGAUUACGAUUUCAGGCCUAGUUACAGGAAGGUUUGGAUGGCCAAGCAGAAGGUAGUGGCACAAAUAUAUGGAGAUUGGGAAGAGUCGUACGUGGAGUUGCCACGUUGGAUGCUAGGGGUACAAUCAACAAUGCCCGACCAAGUUAACAACGUUUCUGUUUGUCCCACGACAAAGACAUCUAUACAACCAGGCCAGUGCAGCCGAGCCCCAGCUAUAUCUGCCCAAGUCGUCCAACGAUGCCAAAUAAGGCAACCAGCGAAGGUGGACCCGGUUUGCAUUCUUGUCCGCAAACAGCUGAGAGGACAACAGCAUCAGAAUAUAGGCACGAGCGUAUAUACGCACGGUCUCAUCGCUAGCAUCUGCUGCGAGAACCCGGAACCUCUCAUGGAACUAUGUGUAGCACACUGUCAUCUGCUUUACUUUACUUUGCGAAGGUAA